AUGAAUUCGGCGGCGUUAAUUAUAAAAUCUGUAUUACUAUACUUGAGCCUGCUACAGUUCAGUCUAAGGGCUGCUUUUGCUCAAGACUUGAAAGCCUUUGAAGAGAGUCUCGGAUUCGCUAAUGAAGCUGACUAUGCUUGCAGCAAAACGAAGCCAUGCAAGAUCGGCUGUUGCGGGCCUCUUGAUUCGUCUGGAAGUGGAAUAUGCGGCCUAGGUCCCAAGUUUUGUGGGACAGGCUGCACAUCCACCUGUGACUACAAAAGUGAGUGUGAUCCAGGAUGGGGAUCCCAAUGGUCUAAUGCCUCGACCUGCCCUUUAAAUGUCUGUUGCAGCCCAUUCGGCUUUUGCGGUACUACAGCGGACUUCUGUGGUGGAGUUACUGUUCCCUCUCCAGAGUGUGGUGGCGGUGAUAGCGCAUCAAAGAAAGUUAUAGGCUAUUAUGAGGGUUGGAAUUUACAACGUCCAUGUGGAAUUAUGGCCCCGGAAGAUAUUCCCUUGGGUUGGUAUACGCAUAUCAACUUCGCAUUCGCACUAAUAGACCCUCACACCUUUCGCAUUACCCCUAUGGAUGCGCAAACUGCAUCCCUAUACACACGAGUGACAGGUCUUAAAAAUCGCCAACCUAAUCUAAAAGUCUGGAUCGCAAUCGGGGGAUGGGCAAUGAACGACCCCGGCCCUUAUAGAACAACAUUUUCCGAUCUAGCCAAGUCAACUUCAGCACAAGAUGAGUUCUUCGAGUCACUCAUAACAUUCAUGCAAAAGAACAAUUUUGAUGGCGUGGACAUUGAUUGGGAAUACCCUUGGGCCGAGGAUAGGGGUGGCAUUCCAGCGGAUUUCGACAAUUUUGUCACCCUUCUACGCCGACUAAGGGAGCGGCUUAACUCAUCAGGCCGAACCUAUGGGUUAAGCAUUACACUCCCUGCCUCAUACUGGUACCUUAGAGGGUUUAACAUCAUCAAAAUAGAACCAUAUUUAGAUUGGUUCAAUGUCAUGACUUAUGAUAUACAUGGGGUUUGGGAUAGCACUGUUAAGGCUAUAGGCCCAUAUGCCUACGCCCAUACGAACCUCACCGAAAUUCAGAUGGGCCUUGAACUCCUUUGGAGAAAUAAUAUUAAUCCUGCUCGUGUUGUUAUGGGCCUGGGUUUUUAUGGCAGAAGCUUCACAAUGGAAGAUCCUAGCUGCCUAGAAGCUGGAUGUCGAUUCAAGGACGGUGCCCGAGGUGGAAUAUGCACCGGAACCCCCGGUGUACUAUCUGCGACUGAGAUCAAUGAUGUCAUCAAAAAAGGGGCAAAGAUUACUUUUGACAAAACUGCUGCUGUGAAAAUAGUCACCUGGGAUACAGACCAGUGGGUUAGCUGGGAUGACAAGGAGACAUUGAAGCUCAAACUUGACUAUGCAAAUCAUAGGUGCUUGGGAGGGACUAUGGUUUGGGCUAUUGAUCUUGAUGAUGGGACGUUAAUUGAAGCCUUGGGCUCUAACCUUGGCCGAGAGAAAAGCAUCGUUCUACGGAAGGCUCCUUAUUAUACUCCAGAUUUGGGUACCCCGUGGGAUGAAGAAGACCAUGAUGAGUUGUAG